AACAAACCGUGUCCUUCGCACUGGCCAGCCGUAUCAUGGCUUCUCAAGAUAUUGAAAAGGGCGGAGGCGACGAGGCUCCAUUACACUCCCAGGCCAGCUCAUCGUUGCCUUCAAAUGGGAAUAUCUCAAGCAACAAUCCUGAAGAUGUUCACAAUCUUCCAAAAGUUGUCGAAUCCAUACCCAUUCAAGAAGUCACUGCCGAAACCAUAUUGAGCGAUAAAAUGGCUCUAUCUCCCGACCCCGGUACGGAACACCUCUUUGAAGUCGAAAAGAACAAGUUCGCCUUCUCGCCUGGACAAUUGUCUAAACUCCUCAAUCCCAAGAGUCUCAGUGCUUUUCAUGCGCUUGGUGGAAUUGCUGGUCUGGAGAAAGGAUUACGAUCGAAUAUCACAAGUGGGUUGAGCUCUGACGAAGCCUCCCUGGAUGGGACUGUCACUUUCGAAGAUGCAACUGGGGUCGCAUCUUCUCCAAGAAAGUCUGCCACCAAAUCGGAUGGAUUGGUCACUGUCAGUACAGCUGACAAGGUGACGACACGCGGUUCUGGCGAAUCGUUUGCCGAUCGGAAGAGAAUUUUCAGAGAUAACAGAUUGCCUGAGAAGAAGAGCAAGAGUUUGCUGGAAUUGGCCUGGAUCACCUACAACGACAAGGUCUUGAUACUCCUUACGAUCGCUGCCGUGGUCUCCCUUUCUCUAGGGCUUUACCAAACAUUUGGACAGAAACACGAGCCAGGCGAAGCGAAGAUUGAAUGGGUCGAAGGUGUUGCUAUCAUGGCUGCGAUUAUCAUUGUAGUCGUUGUUGGCACACUGAAUGAUUGGCAAAAAGAAAGACAGUUUGUAAAGCUCAACAAGAAGAAGGAAGAUCGCUUGGUAAAGGUCAUCCGGUCUGGAAAAUUGCAGGAGCUGUCUGUCUACGACGUCCUCGUCGGCGAUGUUAUGCACCUUGAGCCCGGCGAUAUGGUUCCUGUGGACGGCGUCUUGAUUGAAGGGCAUUCUAUCAAGUGUGACGAGUCUUCUGCAACCGGGGAAUCUGAUCUCCUCAAGAAACAAUCCGGGGCUGAGGUAUUCCGAGCAAUUGAAGCUGGCGAAGAUGUCCGCAAGCUUGAUCCAUUCAUACUUUCUGGCAGCAAGGUGACUGAAGGCGUUGGUACCUUUCUCGUAACGGCAGUCGGAGUGCACUCGACAUUUGGAAAGACGAUGAUGUCCCUAAGGGAGGAGACUGAAGCAACCCCAUUGCAACAGAAGCUGAAUGUUCUCGCCGAGUAUAUCGCUAAGCUUGGUGGAGCAGCAGCAUUGGUGCUCUUCGUAGCACUCUUUAUCAAGUUUUGUGUACAGCUGAAGGGCAGUACGCAAACGCCGUCUGAGAAGGGCCAAGCUUUCCUUCAAAUCUUUAUUGUUUCCGUUACUGUAGUGGUAGUCGCUGUUCCAGAGGGUCUCCCACUUGCGGUGACGCUCGCGCUUGCAUUUGCGACCACGAGGAUGCUCAAGGAUAACAACUUGGUUCGAGUCUUACGUGCUUGCGAAACGAUGGGAAAUGCGACGACUGUGUGCUCGGAUAAAACCGGUACCCUCACAGAGAAUAAGAUGACUAUGGUUGCCGCAACAGUUGGCAAGGAGGUUCAAUAUGGGAAGAGAACUGACCUAGGUGAUGAUACCGGCAAUGGCGCCAAGAGCGAAGUUGCAGGAGAUGACAGAGACGCUAGCCACAGCAUUGACAAGGAUAAUGUUGUGGCCGUCAAUGACUUUCUCUCACAGCUCAGUACUGAAACCAAAGGAUUGCUUGCCCAAUCGAUCGUCCAAAACUCCACCGCUUUUGAGGGAGAGCAAGACGGAAAACAAACAAUCAUUGGAUCGAAGACUGAGACCGCCCUUCUUCAGUUUGCGCGAACUUACCUGGGAAUCGGUCCUCUUCAGGAGGAGAGAUCGAAUGCGAACGUGGUGCAAGUGGUCCCCUUCGACUCCGGCCACAAGUACAUGGCAAGCGUAGUGAGGUUGGCAGACGACAGAUUUCGGAUCUAUGCAAAAGGCGCCUCUGAAAUCCUCUUACAAAAAUGUACCAAGAUUGUGGAGAAUCCCAGGAAUGCGGACUUGUCGGGCGUCCCACUAGCAGCUGAGGAUUCCGCAUACCUUGCUGGUGUUAUCUCUACCUACGCCUCGCGGUCACUGCGUACAAUUGCUAUCCUCUACCGAGACUUCGAAAGCUGGCCGCCAGCUGGUGCAGUAUCCAAAGAUGACAGCACCCAGGCAGAUUUCCACGCUGUCUUCCAAGACAUGACACUCUUAGGUAUAGUGGGUAUCCAAGAUCCGCUGCGUCAAGGCGUCCAGGAUGCAGUGAAAGAUUGUCAGAAUGCUGGAGUGAUGGUUCGCAUGGUUACCGGGGACAAUGUCCUCACUGCGAAAGCAAUAGCCGAAGAGUGCGGCAUCUACACACCCAAGACAGGCGGGGUAGUGAUGGAGGGUCCGGUGUUCAGGAGACUAAGCCAGGAUGAAAUGGACCAGACUAUUCCCCAUCUUCAAGUACUGGCACGAUCAAGCCCAGACGAUAAACGCAUUCUGGUAAAGAGGUUGAAAGAACUGGGAGAAACGGUCGCUGUGACUGGUGAUGGCACCAAUGAUGCUCCGGCCCUUAAGAUGGCGGACAUUGGCUUUUCGAUGGGUAUUGCGGGCACAGAGGUGGCCAAGGAGGCGUCGGCAAUUAUUCUCAUGGAUGACAAUUUUGCGUCGAUCGUGAAGGCUCUGAUGUGGGGUCGAGCUGUGAACGACGCUGUCAAGAAAUUCCUGCAGUUUCAACUCACUGUUAAUAUUACAGCCGUUAUUCUCACGUUCGUUUCAGCCGUCGCCAGCGCCACAGAGGAAUCUGUUCUCACCGCCGUGCAACUUCUCUGGGUUAAUCUAAUCAUGGAUACAUUUGCCGCUCUCGCCCUAGCUACCGAUCCUCCGACUCGGAAUAUCCUGAACCGAAAACCACAGAAGAAAUCCGCACCUCUCAUUACCCUCAACAUGUGGAAGAUGAUCAUCGGUCAAGCGAUAUUCCAGCUCGUGGUGACAUUCAUUCUCAACUUUGGCGGGGAAACCAUCUUCUCCUACCAUUCAGAUCACGAGAAGGACCAGCUGCGUACAUUGGUAUUCAACACGUUCGUCUGGAUGCAGAUUUUCAAUGAAUUCAACAAUCGCCGGCUGGACAACAAAUUCAAUAUCUUCGAAGGUAUUCAACACAACUGGUUCUUCAUUGCCAUAAACGCCAUCAUGAUCGGAGGGCAAGUAAUGAUUGUUUUCGUGGGCGGUAAAGCGUUCCAUGUCACACCUCUCAAUGGUCCUCAGUGGGGCUAUUCUCUUGUCUUGGGCGCGCUCUCCCUUCCCGUCGCGAUAAUCAUUCGCCUGAUCCCCGAUGAGUGGAUUGCGAACCUUGUGCCGAAGAUAUGGAGGCGAAAGCUAGCGCCGGAAGUUGUGGCAAAGAAGGAGGCGAAGGAGGAAGCAAAGGAUGAGUUGAAGGAGAAGGUCGAGGAUUUGAAGAGGAGAGCCUCAAGGCCGGAGGAUCUCUCCUUCAUUACUCUCGUCCGUGGUGGGAGAGUUCGUUCGCUGAAGUUGGGAUUGAAGACGGUGAAUCAGACCGGCAUGAUGAUCACCAAAUGAGUGGAUCUACUACUAGUGAUACUUCUGUUCGAUUGUUUGAGCGUGUUUACUACAAAGUUUAGGCCACAUCAUCUAUUCUUGCUUUCCCCUCGUCUCCCUUUCAAGUCCUGCGUCCUCAUCCUCUCUCAACUUGAACAUCAAGUUAAAGCUUGUCCCUACACCCAUCGCUUCAAACCUCACUCCAUCUUUCGCAACAUUGAAUCCCAGCUCUCCAAAUCCACCUGGGGGUCCCAGUGUCUCCUUCAUCUCAUCCAUUGCUUCCUCAUCCACCGCAAUAUUCCAAGACAGCCUCCUUUGACCUGCGCUGGGGUAAUCCGUUUGGCGUCUUUCCAGAUGAAUGGCUUGUCCUUUGGCCUUGGAGUUUUCGUCACGAAGCCUCUCUGAUAAUUCAACCAAGAAGCCUGAAAAUGGGUGUUGAAAGGUCGAUUGCAAAAUGUUAAGGAUUUCCUUAAGCCGUAGGUCAACUUUAUGGG